AUGGCUCCCGCCGUCGGUAUUGAUCUGGGAACCACCUACUCCUGUGUGGGUGUCUUCCGCGAUGACCGUAUCGAAAUCAUUGCCAACGACCAGGGUAACCGCACCACCCCCUCGUUCGUCGGUUUCACCGACACUGAGCGUCUCAUCGGUGAUGCCGCCAAGAACCAAGUCGCCAUGAACCCCCACCACACUGUCUUCGACGCCAAGCGUCUCAUUGGUCGCCGUUUUCAGGACGCUGAAGUCCAGGCCGAUAUGAAGCACUGGCCAUUCAAGAUCAUCGAGAAGGCUACCAAGCCCGUUAUCGAGGUUGAGUUCAAGGGUGAGGCCAAGCAGUUCACCCCUGAGGAGAUCUCUGCCAUGAUCCUCGUCAAGAUGCGUGAGACCGCUGAGGCUUACCUCGGUGGCACCGUCAACAACGCUGUCAUCACUGUCCCUGCCUACUUCAACGACUCUCAGCGUCAGGCUACCAAGGACGCCGGUCUCAUUGCCGGUCUCAACGUCCUCCGUAUUAUCAACGAGCCCACUGCCGCUGCCAUUGCCUACGGUCUUGACAAGAAGGUCGAGGGUGAGCGCAACGUUCUGAUCUUCGAUCUUGGUGGUGGUACUUUCGAUGUUUCUCUCCUGACCAUCGAGGAGGGUAUCUUCGAGGUCAAGGCCACUGCCGGUGACACUCACUUGGGUGGUGAGGACUUCGACAACCGUCUGGUCAACCACUUCGUCAACGAGUUCAAGCGCAAGCACAAGAAGGAUCUGACCACCAACGCCCGUGCUCUCCGUCGUCUCCGCACCGCUUGCGAGCGCGCCAAGCGCACCCUCUCUUCCGCUGCCCAGACCUCCAUCGAGAUCGACUCUCUCUUCGAGGGUGUUGACUUCUACACCUCCAUCACCCGUGCCCGUUUCGAGGAGCUCUGCCAGGACCUCUUCCGCGGCACCAUGGAGCCCGUUGAGCGUGUCCUCCGUGACGCCAAGAUCGACAAGUCCUCCGUCCACGAGAUUGUCCUCGUCGGUGGUUCUACCCGUAUCCCCAAGAUCCAGAAGCUCGUUUCCGACUUCUUCAACAAGGACGCCAAUAAGUCCAUCAACCCCGAUGAGGCCGUUGCCUACGGUGCCGCUGUCCAGGCCGCUAUCCUGUCCGGUGACCAGUCUUCCAAGUCCACCAACGAGAUCCUGCUUCUCGAUGUCGCUCCUCUUUCCCUCGGUAUUGAGACCGCUGGUGGUGUCAUGACUCCUCUGAUCAAGCGCAACACCACUAUCCCCACCAAGAAGUCCGAGACCUUCUCCACCUACUCCGACAACCAGCCCGGUGUCCUGAUCCAGGUCUUCGAGGGUGAGCGUGCUCGCACCAAGGACAACAACCUCCUCGGAAAGUUCGAGCUCACUGGCAUUCCCCCGCUCCCCGUGGUUGAGGUCACCUUCGAUGUUGAUGCCAACGGUAUCAUGAACGUCUCCGCUCUCGAGAAGGGUACCGGAAAGUCCAACAAGAUUACCAUCACCAACGACAAGGGCCGUCUCUCCAAGGAGGAGAUUGAGCGCAUGCUUGCCGAGGCUGAGAAGUACAAGGAGGAGGACGAGCUUGAGUCCGCCCGCAUCCAGGCCAAGAACGGCCUCGAGUCCUACGCCUACUCCCUCAAGAACACUCUCUCCGAGGGCAAGCUCCAGAUCUCCGAGGAUGACAAGAAGAAGGUCGAGGACAAGAUCAGCGAGGUCAUCGGCUGGCUCGACAGCAACCAGACUGCUGAGAAGGACGAGUACGAGUCCCAGCAGAAGGAGCUCGAGGGUGUUGCCAACCCCAUCAUCUCCGCUGCCUACGGUGGCCAGGCUCCCCCUGGCGCUGGUGCCCCCGAGGGUGGUGCUCGCUCCGCUGACGAGGUUGAGGAGAAGCCCGAGGAGCUUGACUAA